UCUCCCGACCCUCCGGGUUUCCUUUCCUUUCUCCCAGCAAUGACGUCGGGAGAGUCCCUGCACGUGAAGACGCCCAUCCAUGACAGCAUGGCCCUGUCCAAAGUGGCCGGCACCAGCGUCUACCUCAAGAUGGACAAUGCCCAGCCCUCUGGCUCCUUCAAGAUCCGGGGCAUCGGGCACUUCUGCAAAAUGUGGGCUGAGCAAGGCUGUGAACAUUUUGUCUGCUCCUCGGCGGGCAACGCAGGCAUGGCGGCUGCGUAUGCCGCCAGGAAACUGGGCGUCCCCGCCACCAUCGUGGUGCCCAGCACCACGCCUGCCCUCACCAUCGAGCGGCUCAAGAACGAAGGCGCCACAGUCACGGUGGUGGGCGAGACGUUGGACGAGGCCUUCGAAAUGGCCAAGGCCCUGGCGAAGAACAAUCCAGGCUGGGUCUAUGUCUCCCCGUUUGAUGACCCUCUCAUCUGGGAAGGCCACACUUCCAUCGUGAAGGAGCUGAAGGAGUCCCUGAGUGCAAAGCCGGGCGCCAUCGUGCUGUCAGUGGGUGGUGGCGGUUUGCUGUGCGGAGUGGUCCAGGGGCUGCAGGAGGUGGGCUGGGGGGACGUGCCCGUCAUCGCCAUGGAGACCAUUGGUGCCCACAGCUUCCACGCUGCCACUGCUGUGGGCAAGCUCGUCUCCCUGCCCAAGAUUACCAGUGUUGCCAAGGCCCUGGGCGUGAAGACCGUGGGAGCCCAGGCCCUGAAGCUCUUCCAGGAACACCCCAUUUUCUCUGAAGUUAUCUCGGACCAGGAGGCUGUGGCUGCCAUUGAGAAGUUUGUGGAUGAGGAGAAGAUCCUGGUGGAGCCCGCCUGUGGGGCGGCCCUGGCUGCCAUCUACAGCCACGUGGUCCAGAAGCUGCAAGGCGAGGGGAAGCUCCGAGUCCCCCUGCCAUCCCUGGUGGUCAUCGUCUGUGGGGGCAGCAACAUCAGCCUGGCCCAGCUGCGGGCCCUCAAGGAACAGCUGGGCAUGAAGAACGGGCUGCCCAAGUGAGCCCGCCUCACCCACGUGUCCUCUCCUAACCCAGGAGACCCUGGAGGGGCUGGAGUUUUAUCCAGCGCCUUGUUGUAAAUAUUCUUGUUUGGCGGAGAGCCUGCGGCCUGGGCUGGCGGGUUGGCUUCCCAGCACGAGCCCACCGUGCGGAGGGGCCGAAGGUCAGUGGCCAGUGAGGCUGAGUUGGAUCUUCGGUAUCUCUGUGACUGCUCCGUGCAUGUCCUUGGCCACUCUGCUAGGGUGACAACCGCCCACAAGUACGCCAGGUCCCCAGAGCUGGGUGGGUGGCAGGGGCCUGAAUCACAGCAGGAGGGGCCUCCUGGAAGCAGUGACCCCUGCCCAGGCUUCCUCCCUGGGAAGUGGACAGGGUCUCCAUCCAGGGCGAGGAACCGUCUCGUCCUUCCUCCCAGGAAGCCCAACCCCCACCCUUACUCAUUUUUCUAAGGUGCAAACUUUUUCACUGAAAAAGAAAAUUAUGUAUUUAUGAAACAAA